AUGUCGAUUACAUUUCUUUGCCUUGUCCAAGGAGAGCCAAUUACACAAGCUUUUGCUAUUGACAUCAAUAGUAACAUGUUAAUUAGCUAUCUCAAGAAAGCCAUUAAAUCAGAGCUUUACCCACAAUUUGAUAAUGUACCAUUUAAAGACAUUAAAUUGUGGAAGGUCGAAAUUCCAAAAUGGGUAAUGUCCACUAAAAACGAAGAUUGGACUAUUGGUCUACAACAAGUUAUUCUUGCCAUGAAUAAUUCUUAA